AUGGCGUUGCUUGGAGGAUUCACGCCCUGGGCACAUCUGCGGCUGCGCGACCACCGUCCCGGGCCGAAGAGUUAUCCACCGCCCGGAAAGGGCAUUCCGGAGAAGUCGAUACUGCAUAAGUAUCCCAGGCGGCCGCAGGAGACGACCGUAGGCCCCGGUGAGUACCAAAUUCCAUCCACAGUGGGUCAGUGUCGCUCAACUGUGUUUGGUCCACCUGGCGGUUUGGGUUUGCCUGAAGCCACGCGGGCAAAGGGUGAGCGGAAACGCGGGCAGACCGCAGGGAAGGCCAAGCGAAGCGACAUACCCCCACUACCGAAGCAGUAUAGCCUUGCACAGUCACCCGAUACCCCAGCGUUCUCCAUGUACUGUAAAGCUCAAUAUAAGCAGUUAAGUAGUGGUGUGGGCCCUGGCGAGUACACCAUCCCCUCCUCCUUUGACCCGAGUGGGAAAGGGCCACACUUUGGCCAGCGGACAAAGCUAUUGACUACGUGUGACAUGGUGCCAGGGCCUGGGGCAUACAAUGUGCCCCGCUUUGGUGAUGUUGUGCCGAAUCCAAAGGAAUACAUCACUUCCGUGCACAAGGUUCUUGCGGAAGAAAGUGGACCGGGCCCUGGGAGCUAUGACGACCCCACCACAAUCGCUGCACGUUUUGCACCCCCAAAACUGCGUCUUUACGAUGGUCCACAUUUUGGUCGUCGUUAUAAUCAGCUCAGGGCCAACUGGUUCACGGGCCCUGGUCCCGCAGAUUACGGUGAUGUAAGCCGAAUCAUGCAGAAGCGUAUACGGUGUUCUCCCGUGUUUCGCCCCUCCGUCCAGACCGUGCCGGAUAAUAAGACUAUGCGGGCUGCAGUCAAUUUUGCACCAGGUCCAGGCGUUUAUCUCCUGCCGUCGGAGUUUGAUUGGGACUACAAGAAAGGGUUUUCGCUUGGGCCGCGUACCUUUUAUGAGCCCAAGACCGCAGCAAGUGAUGUAGUUGGUCCUGGAUCGUAUGAUUUGGGGAAGCCGCCAAUGACAUCCAAAGGGUUUCGCUUUGCGGCCCAACCGUACUAUCCCCUCGCUCUUGCAGAAAUACCAAAGGCGGCUGAGACAGCAGCGAAUGCCGUUGGUGGGCCUGGUUUGUAUUAUCCCAGCCUGGACGCGGUGCGGCCCUCAAAGUACAAGGCGGUGGCUGGAUUUGGUCUCGGUCAGCGCUUUGCAGAUCAAAAUGACGGUGGUCCACUUUGCUACGACGUGAAGCCACCUGAGUCGACACGCGGAACUGUGUUUUUCCGUGGCGACUACCGACGCAGCAAACACCUGCAUGGUUGGGCCGAUGGCGGACCCUCGUACGACGUCAUGAAUGACACCAUCGCCGAUAACAUGAGGAAGGGCAAGGGCUUCACGUUUGGCAUCCGCUACCCCGCGCGGGCCACCCACCAGGUGUGUAGGCCGUACGACGCGACGACGAACAUUAACUGUGAAUACCCGGAUGAGACGACGUGGAUGACGAAGUUGAAGUGA